GACCACAGCAGGUCCUAUGUCACCAGCAGACCGAGCACUCACCCAGCAUGGGAAACCUCCUUUGGCCCGCGAGAACAGAUGCGGCAGGGUAACUUCAUUCGGAUUUUUUUUUUUUUGAGUUCUUUAAGCUUGUCAGUGUCGCUUGCUCUUCCCCUCGUUGAUACCCAGAGAAAUUACACAGACUGCCAGUGCAUGAAAGCAGAAACCAUAACUGCUUCGAAAAUCAGAAUUGAGGUGAGACAGCAAAAAGUCAGCUGCACUGAAUUUACCCAAGCACCAAAUUUACACAAGAAAAUAUGUUUUUGUAGAAAUGUGAGGGAAGGGCUAAAGAACCGGGCGAGGACUGAGCAGCUGGAGCGGAGGCAGCUGCUCAGCUUGGUGGAGGCAUCCUCCGACAGAAGGAAGACGCUCCCCGACCCCCAGAGAGGCCCCUUCUUCUCCCGUCCCGCAGCCGUUUCCUUCAGGCUUGGGGCUCAGGCCCUCACUUUUGAAGAAGUGGUUUCACUGUGGGCAGUGACGUGCACCCUUGAAGGCAACCACCUGCACGGCUCAGUUUCACUCACAGGGGCGAGGGGACUGCAGGGCAUCACCAGCCAUGGCAGCGGGCUGGCCCCGCAGCCGCCCCGCUGCAACCUCCUUUGGGCUAGCAGUUCUUGUUAUGACAGCAGUUACUUUCACUUCUGCAAUGAAGCAAAAUAGAUCUGAGAUUAUGUGUGUGUUUAUCAGCCAGAAGGAUGAAGGUUCAGGAACACCAGAGACAUUGGUAUCUUCUAAGAUUUCUAACAAUCUGGAAGACCUUGGGUGUUACUUAAAUUCUCAAGGAACAGGGAACAUCUAUGAACCAACCAAAAAUGUGGAAGUCAACGUGUUUGAAGAUAUUGAAUUAAGAGUAAUAAUGAACAUUUCAAAGAUCAUUUCCUGUUUUUGGUUCUUUAAAGAGAGCAAAGCCUGUAAACUUUCCUUGGACUCAGAGAAUCGAUAUGUUACGUCUUUGGCUUUUUCCCAAAUAAAAGAAGCACAAGCUGGAAAUUACACCCUCUCGGUCAUAAGUAAAACUGGUAAUUAUACAGUAGUUGUGCCUGUUCUCAUCAGAAAGAAACCAGGCAAACCCUGUUUCAGGAAAAGGGAAAAAUCAAAUGCUAUUGAAUGCCUAUCUGAGAGCUACCCGCAGCCCUCUGUGGAGUGGAUAUUUUGCAAAACACCUGAAAGGAGUUGCCCUGAUAAAAUGCAUGAAGAAACUGGGGAAAUAGAUGGCAUACAGAAGGUACAACAUGAAUUAUUUCAAACUUAUAUAUGGUGCUGCGCUGCUAAUGACCUGGGCAGAGAAUGCACCAGCCUCUUUACAAUAGAUUUAAAUGAAAGACAAGCAGCGCCUUUACCUGAAUUACUUCUUAAAGUUGGGGAACCAUUGCUGAUCAGAUGCAGAGCUGUUCACCAUAAUUAUAAAUUCAGAAUAAAAUUAGCUUUUGAAAAAAAAGAAGUUGAGCAGGAUCGCCAGUUUGAAGGAUUAGAAUAUCAAACAGAUCUCUCGGCAAUUCGGAUCCAGUAUGUGUUUGCUUCAGCAGCAGGAAGAAGUGAUAGUGGACAUUAUACCUGUUCCUCUACCGUUCAUCCGAAUCAAACUGCUUUGGUUACAGUUUUAGAGAAGGGUUUUAUAAAUAUAACCGACUCUAAAGAAGAUUUUGAAAUUGGUGAGGAAGAGUUUUGCUUCGAAGUUAACUUUACAGCUUAUCCACCAGUUAGAUGCAUGUGGCUGUUUUCCCAAAAAACGUUUCCAUGUAAACAAAGUUACAGCAUGGAUGGACGCAGCAUUUCAUCAAGAUUCUGUGACCACCAGCAUCAGUCUGGGAUAUAUGUAUUUUAUGCUGAAAAUGAUGAUACGGUCAUGACAAAAAAAUUCACUCUGUAUGUGAGAAGAAAGCCUGAAAUAACAAUGCAGAUGUUGUUCAAGCAGAUCUCCUGCAUUGCUGACAGUUAUCCUUCUUCAUCCUGGGUCUGGAGGAACUGUCCAGAGCUGAACUCAUCUAACUGUACAGAAGAAAUCACUGAGGGGAUUCACAACUUCUUGCCAGAGAGGAGAUCCCUGGGGUCAUGGAUUUCAAGCAGCACUCUAGAUGUAAAGGAGACAACAACAACCUUCUCUGUGGAGUGCUGUGCAAACAAUUCUGCUGGUUCAGCCUGCGAAAAAAGUUUCAUUAACCUGUCAGUUGCAGGAGCUGUUUCUUCGCCCCUGGACAAUGCUGCGUUCUAUGUCUCUGCUGGAUUUUUCCUCCCUUUGAUCAUGUUUUUAUUUGUGUUCAUUUCUCAUAAAUACAAAAAGCAAUAUAGAUACGAAAGCCAGUUGCAAAUGAUACAGAUGAUAGGCCCAUCCGAUAAUGAGUACAUCUACAUCGACUUCAGAGAAUUUGAAUAUGAUCUCAAAUGGGAAUUUCCCAGGGAAAAUCUGGAAUUUGGACAGGUCCUUGGUUCUGGGGCUUUUGGGAAGGUGGUGAAUGCGACAGCUUAUGGAAUUAGCAAUGCAGGAGACUCAGUCCAGGUUGCAGUCAAAAUGCUACAAGAAAAACCUGAUGCUUCAGAAAAAGAUGCUCUGAUGUCUGAGCUGAAAAUGAUGACUCACAUUGGAAGCCAUGAAAAUAUUGUGAACCUACUAGGAGCUUGUACCAUGUCAGGACCAAUCUACUUGAUAUUUGAAUACUGUUGCUAUGGUGAUCUUCUGAACUACUUAAGGAGCAAGAGAGAGAAGUUUCACUGGACACUGACAGAUAUUUUUAAAGAUCACAACUUCAGCUUUUACCACAAUAUCCAUUUGAACAAAAAUUCCAGGAAAGGAACUCACCCGAAGUACAGUGUGAAUAUGACUCUGUGCAGAGAGGAUGAAUUUGAGGUCAUGCAGAGAAGUCAGAAUGUAAAUGUGACAUCUGGAUCAAAAAGGAUAGUGCUGUGUUCUGAGGAAGAUAAAAUUAAGCAUGCAAGCAGACAGAUGGACGAAGAAGAGGAUUUCAAUGUGCUCACUUUUGAAGACCUUCUCUGCUUCUCUUAUCAAAUUGCCAAAGGAAUGGAGUUCCUUGAGUCCAAAUCGUGCAUUCACAGAGACCUUGCUGCCCGGAAUAUAUUAGUGACCCAUGGAAAAGUGGUGAAAAUUUGUGACUUUGGCCUGGCCAGAGAUGUAGUGAAGGACUCCAACUACAUCGUCAGGGGCAAUGCUCGUUUACCAGUUAAAUGGAUGGCUCCUGAAAGCUUGUUCGAGAGGACGUACACAAUGAAGAGUGAUGUCUGGUCUUAUGGAAUAUUACUAUGGGAAAUAUUCUCUUUGGGUGUAAAUCCCUACCCUGGCAUUCAGGUUGAUACGAACUUCUACAAAUUAAUACAAAGUGGAUUUAAAAUGGACCAACCGUACUAUGCUACAAAAGAUGUCUAUCACGUGAUGCAAUCUUGUUGGGCCCUUGACUCCAGGAAAAGACCCUCUUUUUCUUGGCUGGUUUCCUCUCUUGCCUGUCAGCUGGCUAAGGCAGAAGGAGCUGUUUACCAGAAUAUGAAGAAAAAUAUUCCUACACACAGUUCCAGCAUCAAAACUAAACCAUGUGUAAGCAGGGAUGAGGAAUCUCUGCCAUCUACAGCUGUGCUCCAGCAUGAAGACUCUUAGGUUGAAAAAUAAUCUGGGUUAUGGAUUUGGUCUCAGUAUUUUCAUAAACUCCAUGUAGCAUAAAUGUUUUAAACCACCACUAAGAAAAGAAACUGCUGCUCUGUUCACAUUUCUUAUGAGCCAGUCCAUGUUUAUGUUACUUUGAGGAGAAGACACAAUUCGUUUCUUUGAAUUCAGCAAAUGCUUCUAUUGCAAGACAAAAGCAAUGGUCAUUUCACUGCAUCUCUACAACUGGAUGUCUCUUUUCCUGGUUUUAUGUAAAUAGUGUCUAGCCAAUGCAUUGAAUUCAGAAUGUUCUUGCCAUAUUUCAAACAAAUACAAGAAAAUCCAUGGGGGUUUAGUCAACGUUUACAAGCACAGCCUAUGCAUCUAGAGAGAACUGGUGUGAUUUCCAGAAGUGCUACUCACAUCUUCAGCUCCAGCUGUCAGUAAGUGUUGGAAAAAAAGUAGCCAACUUUAAAUCCCCAGAUUUUAAAAUAGCAGCCUUGUUUUACACAGAACUAUAAAUUUGAGUGUGUAUAACUGUCUUAUCCCAGACAUCUCAAUUGCUGUGAAGUUCCUGAUAGGUGUCCAGUUCAGGUGAGUUCAUUUACAGCGAGUGAUUCCUUCCUACCUAAAAUAAGCAUUGAAAACAAGCAGAAGGAGUGAUAUUUGGAGAUGACCUUCUGCCUCCCUGGUCUAGAAAUCCAGAAAUCCAGGUGGCUGUCUCCAACUGGAAGUCUCACUUCAACUGAGUUACCAAUAAUUCCAUUCUUUGGGCUUUAUGUGUUUUGAUAGCAAAUAGAAAUGUUUAAUUUUGAAGAAAUUAUCUUCCGUAGCAAUUUAGGAGUGUAAUAUCAUCGCUUCCUAUUCCCAGAAGUUAGCCUGGGUGUAUGAACCCUGCUGCAAGAAAAUGAGAGUAUGUCUCUUCAAUUUUCUCCCAGAUGCCCAGGACAAUAACCUGAUGCUUGCUGGAGUUUUAAUAUAGAUAAAAAGACAUGCUAUUUUCACUGUGAGGUGUGGGGAUUCAUAAAUGCGGCUUUCAUAAUGACUUAACGGGAUAUGUCUGUCUACAUCACAGUGAAUCAAGUUGACAAUAUGUGAAUUAACGGUUUUCUUCUCUUUUACAUUUUACAAGAUGCUAACUGCAGUUAGGAUUUCCAGUGGCAAGUGUUAUAAAUGAAUAACGGUUUGGAUAGAAUAUGCUAUCACAUAAAUUAAGCUGCUCUUUACUAACAUUGUCUGAAAAUAAUUAAUGUUGUAAUGCAAUGAUUAUGAUUUGCCUAUUUUUGUUAACAUUGUCGAAUUAGCAAGGAAUCAUUGAUUUUUUUAAUCAGAUAUAAACUGCUGAAGAAUAAUUUGGAAAUAUAAAGGCAAAAAUAAAACUUUAACAUUGCA